CUAAAGUAUUGAUUCAUUCCCACUACUUUCAGCUGUGUUUGUUCCUCUCCAUCCUAGGAGUUUUUACUGCCAUAAUCAGACCAGACCAGACCAGACUUAUUGUAGGGCAGGCCUACCCUACUCUGGUUUUACUGAUUCAUUCAUUCUCUACUUAAACAAAUUACAUCUAAUAGUUCUGCACUCUCUCUGCGGAAGCUCCUCCUAUCUUUCACAUCUGGCUUUCUCUUUUCCCAAUGCUUUCCAGCUCUCUUGUCCCUCCUUAAUUAAACUCAAGUGCAUGCACUUCUCCAUCUUCUACUUCUUCUUCUUCUGAAUAUCAUCAUCAUCAAACUUUUUGAAAAGGAUCUCUCCUUUUGUUUCUUUUCCUUGUGUUUAUUCUCUACCUUUCUUUUUUGAGUACUUUUCAUCAUUUUUGGGUAGUUGUUCCUUUUCGUUUUGUAGUUUUCUCACUGAACUGAACUGCUUCUUCUGCCAUAUAUAUUCACUUUCAUGGCUACACUGAUGCCUGAGAACAACACUGUCCCUCUUCCUCUUCGAGAUGCUUCAUUCACUUCUUACCUGUCCGACUCUGUUCUAAAACCAAAUCCAGAUGGGAAGAAAGCAGAAGAUGGAGAAAUUGACGUCUUUGAGGCUGAGAAAUAUUUCAAUGGAGCUAUUGAUGAUCAUGAACAGAAAAGCUCAAACCUUUCCACCAUUAUUAAUGGACCCAACAAACAUGAACCCGGUCAAUAUAGCCAAAACAAACAGAGGCCAAAAGUUCAAUUUGGAACACCGAGCAUUAACUCGGAAUCGAGCUGGAACAGCAGCAGCGUGCUGCUUCAAACAACAUUGAAGAAUCAAACUCCUCCUCUCCCUCCCCAAACGAACAAGUACAACAAUCUCAAAACCCUCAUCUCUAAUCUAAGAUGCAACUACUGCUCGUGCAACGACAAGAACUCUGUCCAAGUUGACGAGACUUCCAAAUCGAUCCACGACAAGACGACUGCAAGAGAUCAAUCCACUCAAUCCAGUUCCUAUUUAUCUCAUUCCAAUACUAAAUCCUGGACCAAUCCCUGUCUCAUGAACCGAGAUCAAGAUCAACAACAACAAACCAUGCAAAGAAAGUCACUGGAGGUGUUCGGUUCUCCUGUCGAAAGAAGAAUUCCAAUGAAACCAACCCUAAUCGUGACGCACAACCAGCCAAGUACUUCAAUACAAGAACCCUGCAUGAUUGGGAGAAGCCUUGAUGGGACCUACGACGAAACAGGCAGCGACGCCAGCUCGGAUUUGUUUGAGAUCGAGAGCUUCACCACCAACACCAUCAACACUCCAAGGGGAUACGCACCAAGUGAGGCUAGCGUAGAAUGGAGUGUAGUAACCGCCAGCGUGGCUGAUUUUUCGGCUCUAUCUGAUUCAGAGGACGUGAGAACAAUGUCCUUUAGCUCCAACACGAGGAAAAUGGUUUCUAAACAGAGGAACAGUCCCGCCAAGGAGACUGAGAGGCGGCGGUCUGGGAUUCUAUUAGGGUGCAAGAACUACAAGGCAGUUAGAGUGGCUGGAGAUGCUUAUAGGUCGAAUACAAAGUUAGGUCCUAAUGGAUCAUGUAGAAUGCAUGAUGAAUCACAAGUCAGAGUCCUACGUGUCAGCGGCGAGAAUUGGAGCAGAGAAAAAGGUGGCGGAAUUUGAGGAUUCAAGAAACGUCAAAGAAGAGUCUCAGUCUCACCCUGCUCAUUAUGCGGGCAUUCUGUAUGCAUAAUAAGUAGUAAUUUAGGCCUAUUUGAUAACUAUUUGUUAUAACCUCUUUGUUCAAUACUCUUAUUACCCGAGCUUGAAUGGGUAAUAAAUUAUUAUUAUAACUCAUCAACGUCUACCUUU